AGGUCAACGGCAACAUUGUUAUGGUCUCCUUUUACAGUUUUAAGAUCAUCCAAGGCCAGUGACUCCUUUUUUGGGGUUCAAAUUAUAUUUUCAAGGUCAUCUAAUGUCAAUACCCUCAUUUUUGUUAAACUAAACGGCUAUAGUCACUAGAUGUAGUGGUAAAACUGAUCGUGGUGUGUCAAAUUUGCAUUUCUAAGACGUUUAAAGGUCACUGGCUACUUUUGUGUAGUCAAAGUAUAUUUUUAAGGUCAUCCAGGGUCAAUGACCCCAUUGCUUGUAGUUUCGAAUUACCUUUCGUUUAAAUUUGUUAUAAGAAUGACGGACUGCGUCUACAACUGAAAAAAUAAGGCCGACUGCCCUAAAAUUAACUUAAAAAGAUGUAUACGCUCUUCAACCGUCGCGAAACAAGAAGCUGUUAUCGCAACGAUCUUUUAUAAAAUACUAAAUUUGACCGGAUGUGCGUAAAUGUAUAUAAUCGAUAAAAUUAAAAUGAAAACUACCUUAUUUCAUUUUUGUGGGGUGUCAAAUUGUAUUCACAAGGUCUCGCAAGGUCAAUGACAAUACUUGCGUGGGCUCAAAUUACAUUUCAAGGUCAUACAAGGUCAAUGACCGCAUUGCUUGUAGUGUCGAAUUACCAUUUCAAGGUCAUACAAGGUCAAUUAACCCAAUUUUUGAGGUGAUACAUUAAAUUUCCGUAAUCCAAGGCUAACGAUAACAUGUUUGUGAUGUCAACUUACAUUUUCAAAGUCAUCCAAGGCCAAUGACUCCUUUUUUGUGUUGUCAUAUUUCCAGACCAUCCGAGUUCAAUGAUUGUAUGCUACUUCAUAUUCAUCCAAGGCCAACGACCCAAUGUGUUGUGGUGUCAAAUUACAUGUGCACGGCCAUUCAAGGUCAAUUGUACCAUUUUUGUGUCAAAUUACAUGUUCAAGGUCAUCAACGGUCAAUACGAAACGUUUUUUCAGACCUAUCUACAUCUGUCUUAUCUUCUUCACGUCUUUUAAUGCCCACUUUCUAAGGUUUUUCCACACCUCCCUCGCGAUUUCUUCACGUUUCUUUCUUUCGCGUCUCAUUCACGACUUCUACAAGCCUUUUUUCCUUUGCACACCCCCUUCAUUAUCGUUUCAGAGCUCAACCUCUUCACGUCAUUUUUACGCCUCUUUACCCAAUCUUUAGGGUUUCGUUAUGUUCUCUUCGGGCCACUUUUACACUACUCUCGAAUGUGCGUCCCUAUUUUAUUCACUUUCUCUUCAGGUACCUACACCGUUUUCGCCUUUUCUACGACUUCACACGUCUUCUUUGCAUCUCUGUUACGUCUCAUUUAGGCUUUCUUCGCAUUUCCUUCCAAUCUUUCGCAUGCAUCUGUUUCUGCCCUCCUUGCAUGUCUAUCUUUAACCUCUAUUACACUUUCUUCAUCCCCUUUUUUACAUUUCUUUAAUGUUUUCUUUCUCACCUCUCUCUUGUCUCGUUCGCACCUACUUUACUUCGUCUUUGCGUCUCUUGCACAUUUUAUUCACGAGUUUUUCAAGUUUUAUUCACAUCUUUUUUUGCGCCUUCGUCCUUCCUGUGCCCUCCCCCUCCACUGCAUACUCAUUUCAAACUUUCGUCGUGCUCUUUUCACGUUCUUUUUCACAUCUACUUUGUGUGUCAUCCGAUUCGCGCUUCUCUUCCCACUGUCACACUUCCUUCACGUCAUUUUUGCACCUUCUGUAAGUUUUCUAAGCGUCUUCUUUAGGUUCUAAACCCACCUUGCGCCUCCUUUACGUCUUCUCAUUCUGCGCUUUCUUUAAAACCCCUUUCACCGCUUCCCCUUCAUUUCCGUUUCAAACCUCAGUUUCGGUGGCUGUUCAGACGGUAGAAACUUUUAGCAUUUAUUAAGAAACCCGACCGAACUUUUUCCGAGAUCGGGCAACACGCGUUAAUUUGUUAUAAAAAUGACGAAUUGCGCCUACAACUAAACAAAUAAGGCCGACUGCCCUAAAAUUAACGUCAAAAAAUGUACACGCCCUUCAACCGUCACGAAACAAGAAGCCGUUAUCGUAACGACCUUUUAUAAAGUACGUAAAUUUGAUCAGAUGUGCCUAAAUGUAUAUAAAAUUGAACAAUUUAUUUAAAAUCGAUAAAAUUAAAACGAAAACUACGCAAUUACAAACAAUUCUAAAGGAAAAACAAACACUGAAAUACAAAUUCGCGCGAACCAAUCAUGAGCUUAUUUCUUACAUAAUCCUCUCUCGCACUUGAUCUCUCUUUCCCCUUCUUCUUCUUUAUGCCCGUUUCGAAUCUCCAUCCAUCCAUUUUUUUACGAGGGCCCACUUUGGCUAAAUCGCGAACCAAGGAAGUACAAUAUCUAAAAAAAAGUGAUACUACUUUGGGGGGGUUAAAUUAAAACCGUUGAUCAUAGAAAACGCAAAUGUUAGAAUAUUAGUAUCUUUUAGGUUCAUUUUAUAUGAUAGCAAAUUACAAAAAAUGAACUCGACCUCGCCUUUCAGUACAGGCAGAAUUGAUCAAAUUUUCUAAAUUAGUUCAAUGACACGACGCAUAAAUGUGGGUGGGGAGAAAUUACGAAUUUAUUUCCGAAUUCUGACGCUGGCCAAAUUCUGUUUAGAUUUCGUAGCGCAAGUCUUCCUCGCAAUUUUAACAAACAGGGUAUAUCAUCUGUAACGGUAUCGUGGGGUUUGUUCGGCAAAACUCACGGCGGCACGUCGAUCGACGUGAAGGAAUUCGCCAAGGGUCUGCAUCUGCUCGAUGAUUCGGAACUGGAGGACGAGACCAUGUGCCUCGGCGGCAACGAUCCGCCGUCGCCGUCGACUGAAGUUCCUUUUCGGGCGUCGUUCCAAUCGGAGGAAGACUGCACGUUGCUGUCUAGGUCGACUGAUGAGGCUUUGCUGACCAAUGACAGCUUUAAUACAAUGCAAGGUUGUGUGCGAAGAAAAGCAAUACUGAAAGAAGGCCGCAAACCGGCUGUCGCAUCCUGGCAGAGAUACUGGCUUCAAAUUUGGGCGUCUUCUUUAGCUUACUUCUCUCCUAAGAAUUUUAAAGGUUCUCGCCGUUCGGAUUUUAAAAGUGAACCUUGCAAAAUGAUGUCACUUGUAGGUUGUACCGUAAAACUUAGUGAUAAUCCGUUGCAUUUGGACACAUUUCACAUUAUCGAUCACCAUCGAGGAAAUGUCUACAAAUUCAAAACGGGAAGCCAAAGUACCGCGGACAAAUGGUGCCGUCGCUUACAGCACGCUUCGUCGGGCGAGACCAAUCCGUUGCCCGCAAAUUUAAUGUCAUUUGAAUAAUUCGCGUUGGCGAAGAGCGAAUUUUUUCCAGUAAUUGAUGUGCUUCGAAGAGUAUCUAAUUUUAAGUCCUAGGCACCAGUGUUCAAUGUGAUUUUUUUUCCUGUACAUGUUCAUUUUAUUAAGUUUUGUAUUAAAUUAGUUUAGCGCUUUUAUACAAUAAAUAUUUCUAAUUAC